CUCCUCCAGUCUGCCCUGUGGCCUCUCCACGCCCAUCUUGUCCCCCGUCCUGGCUCUUCUGUUUCUCAUCUGUUCUGUGGGUACUGGGGCCAUGUAAGAUGGGGGUCAGAUUUAGUUCGUCUUUGGGGACCCGUGACGUCGCGCGCAUCCUCUUCACCGGCUUCCAGAGGUCUUUGGCGGACGGAGCGGGCAGGGCACAGUGACUGCCCCUCUCUCCCUCCACCACGACCCCAGGUGUUCUGGGAAGACGGCAUCAUGUCGGGCUACCGGCGCCCCACCAGCUCCGCCUUGGACUGUGUCCUCAGCUCCUUCCAGAUGACCAACGAGACGGUCAACAUCUGGACCCAUUUCCUGCCCACCUGGUACUUCCUGUGGCGCCUCCUGGCGCUGCUCGAGGGCCCGGGCUUCCGCGCCGAGCCCUACGACUGGCCCUUGCUCAUCUUCCUGCUGCCCGCCUGCCUCUACCCCUUCGCGUCGUGCUGCGCGCACACCUUCAGCUCCAUGUCGCCCCGCGCGCGUCACAUCUGCUACUUCCUGGACUACGGCGCGCUCAGCCUCUACAGCCUGGGCUGCGCCUUCCCCUACGCCGCCUACUCCAUGCCGGCCUCCUGGCUGCACGGCCGCCUGCACCAGCUCUUUGUGCCCGCCGCCGCCUUCAACUCCCUCCUGUGCACCGGCCUCUCCUGCUACUCCCGGUUCCCAGAACUAGAAAGUCCUGGGUUCAGCAAGGUCCUCCGCACGGCGGCCUUCGCCUAUCCCUUCCUGUUCGACAACCUUCCACUCUUCUACAGGGUAAGGCUGCCGGGCCCGCCCGGCUUCCUCCUGACCCGUCUCCCCCAGCCCUCUCCCUGCUCUCCAGGCUCAGCACCCUGGCCAGGUCCCAGACCCAUCUCCGACUCCGCUCAGAGGCCCUCUCCACCAGCCAUGCUUUUCCUCCGCCAGCUGGGGCUGUGCUGGGGCCGGGGUCACAGCUGCGGACAGGAGGCGCUGAGCACCAGCCACGGCUACCAUCUCCUCUGUGCCUUGCUCACUGGCUUCCUCUUUGCCUCCCACCUGCCAGAACGGCUGGCGCCUGGGCGCUUUGACUAUAUCGGCCACAGCCAUCAGCUAUUCCACAUCUGUGCAGUGCUGGGCACCCACUUCCAGCUGGAGGCGGUACUAGCUGAUAUGGGAUCACGCAGAACCUGGCUGGCCACCCAGGAACCCCCCCUGGGCCUGCAGGGCACAGUGGCCACCCUGGGCCUGGCAGUGGCUGGGAACCUGGUCAUCAUUGCUGCCUUCACAGCCUCCCUGCUUCGAGCCCCUGGGACCUGCCCCCUGCUGCAAGGUGGCCCGCCAGAGGGGGGAGCUCAGGCCAAGCAACAGUGAGACUCAUCCCUGACCUUGGCCUGGAGGGAGGCAGAGACCAGGACCCAGUGCUGCUGUGGAGCCCAGACCAGGCCUGAUAAGGUGGGGACACAUCUGAGCCUGGAGCCAAGAGUAGCUGAGGAGAGAGGGAGGGCAGAAGAGAGGAGGGACAGACGGAGGGAACUGGCAGAGUGCGAGGGCCGUGAGGGGCUCUUGGAGGGAGUGGGGUAAGUGCCGAGGGUCUGUGAGGGGAGAUGGGAGGAGAUGUGUGUGUCCAGGUUGGAGCUGCCCCCGGGCGCUAUUGGGGGCUGAAGCAGGGAGUGUCGGGCCCUUUCACCGGGCCCAUCUCUGGUGCUCCCCGAAGUCUCCACUCAGCCCAGAAGAACUGACUUGACUAACCUAGGCCUCUCCUGAAUGCUUAUUAACCAGCCAAGGGCCACACAUUGGCUCCCCACCCCCCAAAACAAGGUAGCACCUUCUUUGCCAGCAGCUUUUUGCCUAGUGAUGAAUCUGUCCUGGUCACAGCUGAAUACUCAAGAUGUCCAGGCCUUCAGGGGCUGGUGUGUUUGCUGUGUCAUGGCUGAUUCAGUGGACUGGUGUGGGAGGGGUGCUGGGCCAGAGCUGGGAAGCCUAGUUAGCCUUAGGAAACCACCUUCCAUGCUUUCUGGAACAAAGCAGCUUCGAUAAAUAAACAAACAGGACUUCGGGAUGCACUUUC